AUGGGCCAGCUUGAGAACGGUUGUGUUUCCACGAGUGUAGACAAGGAUGACAACUGUAACCCUACUCCUCAGAUAAGGCGGAAAGACUGGCAUUACUUUGUGACAGUCCCAAAAAUCUUGGCCGUAUUUUUAGCCCUUUUUAUUACCGUCCUCGUCCUCGUCCCGCCAUACUCUUUCCAUCUGGUUCACCCGAGUACUACAAAGCAACCUUUCUCUGAAGCUCUCUCUCCAAUUUCGACGCACUGUGCUAGUGCAAACCCCAUCACUUCAUCCGAAUUUCGCCAACGUCAGAAACAUCUUGCCCGCAUCCUCCACGACAACAAUAUAGUGGCCUACAUAGCCGAACCAGGUGCAAAUGCCCUCUUCUUCGGAAACAUAUCUGGCUCAUCGUGGGGUUUGUCCGAGCGGCCUCUUUUGCUAAUGGUAUCCCCUGUUCUCAAGCAUGGCGAGGUUGAGGCCAAGAUAACGAUCCUCACGCCUGCAUUUGAGGAGACUCGGGCCCGUCUGCUUACCAUUCCAGGCUCUGGUGUCACUUAUGCUGCGUGGCCCGAAGAUGCCAACCCUUAUUCAAUAGCCAUCCAAUCGCUUCCGGAGAUUGGGAAUAUCUAUGUAGAUGAGAAUAUCAGGCACUUCAUCGUAGAUGGCCUCCAGCAGGCUGUGCUGGGUAUCCAGGUCACUUCGGCUCCUGCAGAGAUCGUCCAACUUCGAGAAAGGAAAUCACAGACCGAACUCGAGCUCAUGAAGUGUGCAAAUGAGGUUACUCUUCUCGCUAUUCGGGCCGUGCAAGCACAAAUGUAUAUCGGCAUACGAGAAUCGCAGGUGCGCCGUAUGAUGGAGAAGGCUCUGUCAGCAGCUGGUUUGACGGAGACAUUUGCGCUCGUGCUUUUUGGUGAAAAUGCUGCUUUGCCACACGGGAGCGGCUCCGAUCGUGUUCUGGACACCUCGGACUUUGUUUUGAUCGAUUGCGGGGGAGCACUUUUCGGAUACAACAGCGAUGUCACGCGGACAUUCAUGCUUGAAGACUCAUCCAUUCCCAUGGACCACGUCCUUUACUGGGGAGAUGUGCACGCCGCACAAAGGGCCGCUUACGAUGCAGCCAAAGCUGGUGUGGUGACUGCUGAAGUAGACGCAAGCGCAAGGUCGUCCCUCCGAAUUCGUGGUGUGGAGCAGUUUUUCACUCACAGGCUAGGUCACGGUAUUGGUUUGGAGGGACAUGAAACUCCCUAUCUUCGUGGGGGAAGUAACGAUAUCAUCCAGACGGGACACACAUUCUCCAACGAGCCAGGUGUAUACAUAGAGGGCAAGGUUGGAGUACGUUUAGAGGAUUGUUUCUAUAUAGACAAACAGGGGGACGCUGUUUAUUUCACGGAAGGCGUCGGGGGUCCUUCACGAAGUCCGCUAUACCCAUGA